UAUUUAAAUAAAACUAACAAUUAGAAGGGAUGGAUUUUCAAUUGAAGAUUAGUCGUUGGUAUAACUGCAGCAGAGCUCCCGCGCAUCUGCUGCAAGCCAAAGAGGGGGGAAUGGCGUCGGAAACCACCGCCGGUUCAGACGAAUCGUUGAAGCUUGCCAUAGCCAUAGCUCUUCUUCGUUCCAAAGUCCUGAAGAAACAUUCUGAAACUCCUCAUCCUCCAUCCGCUACCUCGAGUUCUGAUGCUAUCAAGUGGAAACGCAAGGCGAAAGAGCGCAAACAAGAGAUUUUCAGACUAAAAAAAAAUCUCGAAGAAGUUGAAGAUGGAUUACAUCAUGAAUUAUUCACGGGGAGUGCAUCCUGCAAAUGCUAUUUCUUUGAAAAUUUAGGGAAAUUGAAUCCUAAUCAGCUAUCAGGAGAGGGAUGUGACGGGAGAUUCAAUGAUGUCUUACGCCGUAGAUUUCUUCGACAAGUGAGACUGAAGGAAAGAAGAAAAAGAAGAAGUGAGGGUUCCAGUUUCACACAAGGAUCAUUUUGGUCUGAGCAUAAUGAUGAGGAGAUUGAACAGCUUAGGGCUUCAGUUGAUUUUCUUGUGGAGUUAUGUGAUACUAUAUCUUCUCCAGAUGAUGCUAAUUUUGCAAAUUGGUCCCACCAAGCUGUAGACUUCAUUUUGGAUGCAAUCAAGAAUAUUUUGUCCAAGGGAACAAGUAUCGAACAUGUUGAAGGGAUUGUUGGCAGUUUGUCACUACGUUUAGUCAAAAAAAUGUGCACCACAUCACAAGGAAAUGCUCAUAAUCAGUUUGAAACUAAUCCCCAGUUCCAUGUUCAGCAUUUGCUUCGUAAGCUUGGAAGUGAAUCAUGUGUUGGACAACAAGUGAUUCUUGCAGUUUCUCAAAGAAUCUCUUUACUCUCAGAAAAUUUGCUGUUUCUUGAUCCAUUUGAUUCAGCUUUUUUUGAAAUGCAUACCAGUCUCUACAUUUUGAUCCAGCUUAUUGAAUUUUUGGUAUCAGAUAACCUUAUAAGUUGGUCAAAGACAGAUGGAUUUGCUUCAGAGUUGUUAGAAGAGUGGGUGACUUCAAUCCUCCAUGCUCGAAAAGGACUUCAACUGUUGGAAAGCAGAUGUGGGCUUUACAUUUUAUAUAUGGAUCGUGUAAUUGGGCUAAUUGCCAAAUUAGUGGCCCAGAUUGCAUCUCUCCACAACCUCAACCCCAACAUUCUUCGAACCUUGCUUUGCUGAAUCUAUACAUAACAUACUAGUUUAAUGGUAAAUAUAUAUAUAUUUUUAUAAUAAAUAUUGUCAUAUUAAGGAGCCAUGGAUCAUGUUGAAUGCUGCGUGUGUAUGUCUUCAAAUUCAUUAUUGUUAUGAUAUUAAUAAAAAUAAGAUUUUGAUAGCUCAAAAAAAUAUUAUAUUCAAGUUAUGGAUAGUUAAAUAAU